AGCAAAAUUGACUUUACCUCAAAGGCAAAGCAACAGUUCAUUUGCAUUCCUCCCAAGAAUAGCCAAACAAGAGUGUGAAUGGUAAAAUAGUAUGAUUCACGUUUUCAAGUUGUAUUGUAUGUACACUCUAAGACAGCAAUAUUGUAGCUAAUAGCAUCCUCAAUUAUAUAAUAAGGGCCCUAAAUUCACAUCUUCACUUCAAGAAACAAUAAUAGAUCAAAAAUUAAAAACAGAGAGAAUUGAGAGAUGGAAAAGAGCAAGGUCCUUAUUGUUGGAGGAACAGGGUACCUAGGAAAGAGGUUAGUGAAGGCAUGUUUGGCUCAGGGACAUGAAACAUACGUUCUUCAGAGGCCAGAUAUUGGUGUUGACAUUGAGAGAGUUCAGUUGCUUUUGUCAUUCAAGGAACAAGGAGCUAAGCUUGUGAAAGGUUCUUUCAAUGAUCACCAGAGCCUUGUGAAUGCUGUGAAACUUGUUGAUGUUGUGAUUUGUGCCAUAUCUGGUGUUCACAUCCGCAGCCACCAAAUUCUCCUCCAACUUAAACUUGUUGAUGCAAUCAAAGAAGCUGGAAAUGUCAAGAGAUUUUUGCCAUCAGAGUUUGGGACAGAUCCAGCAAGGAUGGAGCAUGCAUUGGAGCCAGGAAGAGUAACAUUUGAUGACAAAAUGGUUGUGAGAAAAGCCAUUCAAGAGGCUAACAUACCAUUCACCUAUAUUUCUGCUAAUUGCUUUGCUGGUUACUUCCUUGGUGGGCUGUGUCAACCAGGGUCUAUAAUCCCCUCUAAGGAAUCUGUGGUGUUGUUUGGAGAUGGCAACAUAAAGGCUAUCUAUGUGGAUGAAGAUGAUAUAGCCAUGUACACCAUCAAAACCAUAGAUGACCCAAGAACUCUAAACAAGACAGUUUACAUAAGGCCACCUAAGAACAUAUUGUCCCAGAGAGAGGUUGUUCAAAUUUGGGAGAAGCUGAUUGGAAAAGAGCUGGAAAAAUCUUCAAUUUCUGCUGAACAGUUUCUGAGUUCCUUGGAAGGACAAGCAUAUGCAGAGCAAGUUGGAUUGAUACAUUACUACCAUGUUUGCUUUGAAGGCUGCCUGACAAAUUUUGAGAUAGGAGAAGAAGAGGUUGAAGCUUGUGAACUUUAUCCUGAAAUCAAGUACACCACAGUUCAUGACUACAUGAAACGCUAUGUAUAAAAGCGUUUCCUUUGAAAUUUAAGUUAAUGAUGAUUGCGUCAUUGUAAUUUUAAAUAAGAAAAAUAAAUGAAAUCAAAGUACUUAUCAUAUUCUCUGCUAUUGCAAAUGAAAUGCAAUUAUAACGAGACAAUUAUUUUC